UUUCAGCUCCUAGAUCCACUUACACAAAAUGAGCAGUAGCACGGAAAUUGCUGAUACAUCUGAAAAUGUGCUCAGCAGCUCUGAUGGUUAUUCAUAUGAGGAUGAGUGGUGGGAAAUGAAUUGUUCAAUUAUACCGCCCGAGUUUAACAGACUAAUGUUGGUGGGUGUAGUUGGUGCAGUGAUUGCCUUCAUCUCGGUGUGCUUCAACACAUUUCUCUUCGUCGUUCUCUGCAGGAAUCCACGUCAUAGACAUUCUCACUUGGUGUAUUUGAUGUUUCUAUCAGUAGCUGAUAUAUUUUUAUCAGCAGCCUAUAUUCUAUUGUUUCCUGUCAAUUUGUACAUGGACUAUUUUGCAUCUGAACUGUUGGCUGCAGCAUGGUGGUCUUAUAUGAGAAUUAUGAUCACAAUAUCUCAUGUAUUCAUUUCAACGUCAGCAUUUUUAAUUUGUGCAGCAGCAUUUGAAAGGUACAUAACAAUUUCAAAAAUUGCGUGCCAGUUUGCUCGUCAUCACCGGCUUAUAAUUAUUGGGGCAUGUAUUUUCAUUGCAAUUAUUGCCAAGGGGCCAAUGUAUUUUGAGUUUGAGGUUGUACCAAAUGCGAAUUGCACCGGAGUGACGUCACUAACUGCAAUUCCCUCUGAAUUCUCAGAGUCCGAGCCUUACAAAACUGCAUAUAAGUUCUGGUUCCGAAAUCUGCUCACAGUCGCUCUUCCCUUCAUAAUGUGUUUCUACCUCAACUUUGCAAUAAUGCAUCGUCUCCGAAUUCAACACCUCGGUGCGAAACUCUUUCGAUUCGCCACAUCAGAGCAUCGUCAGAAUAUCCGAGCCGCCACGCUGAUGCUUGUUGCAGUUACAUGUUCAUAUCUGGCAUCAAACCUUCUCAAUGUUGUAGUAUACACUUGGGAACUGGUAGAUAAAGAGUCAUUACUAUCAGAAAACAUUCGGCCUCUUUACACUUUAUCUUCGGAUUUGGUAUCAUUGCUGACUGUGGUCGCAAGUGCUUGUCGACUUCCGAUUUAUUUGGUUUGCAAUGCAAGGAUUCGAUGUGAAAUUUUGGAUUAUGUCGAUAAUUGUGUGCUCACUCAUUUACAUAUCAAACCGUAUUCGGGUCUCGGAAGUAAACGAUGUCGUGCAACAACUGUAAGAUAUUGUGACACUGGUAGCGGUUAUAUGGUCUAUGAUGCUCCCAAUAAAAAAGGCGAGCGACGAGUUCGGUCGGUUGGAACUGGAUUAGAUCGAGUCGUAUUAUCAGUUGCCAUGGGAAGUAUCAAAGCAUCACAGAGUACGACACAUUUGACUAUUCCACUUAAUAAUAAUGCAAUGAUAAUUCAAGAAGAGUGAAUUCGAUUGAAGAAGCUAAGAAUUUGGAAUUUAUGUGCCGAUUCGUCUUCUAAAAAUUUAAAAAACCCAUAAAAUUUUCUAAUUUCUGUAUAUAAAUUACUUUUUUCUCAAACAAACGAGUUUUAUUUGUUUUUUCAUUCUAGGAAAUAUCAGUUUAAUAAAAUAUAUAU